CUUUCAUUCCUCAAUAUUUUGUUAUACUGUUACCUUCCUUACCCUGACGAACCUUUAGUAUUCUACAUAAGUUAUGGCUUUGCAGAAGUUGGCAAACAAUCGUUUGCAGAAUGCUGUGACAAAUGAGCUUUCAGAAGCCACAGAUCUUCUACGGCAGCAUAAUACAGCAAUUGCUGUUAUCAGCGUUCUUGAUAAUGAAACCAGCUAUAAAACCUUUAUGGAUGAGGAAGAUAAUUCCAAUAAAGAGAUUUAUAUUGCUGAUGAAAAGUUAUAUAAAGAUAUUGGCUUCACUUCUCUAACUAAAUGCCAGUAUUGCUGUAACGCUUGUACAUGCUGUUGCAGAGGAAUAAUAUGCAAUCAAGUUUGUAAAACCUUUUCUGCCGGAGUUGGAGGUGAUUUGAGAGGUAACAUACUCAGAAAUGGGGGUAUGCUGGUAAUCAAAGACGGAGAAAUUGUUUUAAGCCUCAUACAAUUAGGACCCGAAGAUCAUCCUGAAGUUUCAGAAGUUUUAAAAUCUUUAGGAAUUGAAGAAAAGAUAUCUCCAAAAAUCGUUUCGAAGCAACCUAAAUUGGUUUGCAAUGAUGAAUUUUGUCAGAUACGAAAGUAA